AGACUUCUUCAAACAACUUACCAAUUAUACUCUGUGGAGUUGGGUUACGGAAAAAGAAAUAAGUCUUUCUCUUUUUAGUUAACGAACGCGUUUGUGCAUUUUAUGUAUUUCGGUGCUUGCAAAAGUUUUUGUAUCAUCAAUUUCGUAAUUUGUAUCUAGUGCAGAGCAAAUGUUUCGCAGUUAACAUGUAUCGGUUUCGAGCAGAUUCCAUGGCGGAUUAUGUUACCGUUACUGUGUUGUGUGGAUUGAGAUCGCAAGCGCUGACUGGCCGACUACGAUGACCGUAAGCGACAGCAAAUAUGAUCGCGAAUCUACCGCUGCUCUUCGCUGACGGGAACCCGACGGCACUGUCAAAGAUCAAGGCCAGGAAGUUGGAGAAGUUCAUAACAUUUAUGGUGACAUGUUCCUGGGGACACGACACUGCGAAAGAGAUUCGGCAGCCGCCUUGGUGGCCAAGCAACGUCGCCUUUUCCCACCCGUUCGUGAGGCCCCAGGAAGUGCCCGAAGACUGGGAGCUGAGGCUGAAGAGCUUGGUAAAGAAAUGCUACGAUUUUCACAAGAGCACUUUUCUUCUAGUAUUUUCCGCACAGCUCGCGCGUUAUCAGCACAAAAAGCUGAGGUAUGUUGACAACCGUGAUCAUACAACGUCUCUCUACUACCGUCCCAAUGGACGUCUCUUAGUAACUUUCCGUAAUGAAAAUCUGUUCUAUGACCGGGACACGAUAGAAGCAAUAGAACCCUAUGUCAAAUCCACUGACAUAUACUUAUGUGAUAACUGUGACAGCCAUUUUGAUAAUUUAGAAGUUCUACAAGCACAUGAAAGACUUUGUAAUAAUGAAAUUGUACCCUCUAGCCAGGUUGUACCCACUGGUGGUCUGCCUGAAUUUCUAUCAGCAUUGAAACUGUUGCCACUCGGGGAAAAGUAUGAAAAUAAGAUAUGUAAGGAUAUUGAAGCAGAUUCAAGGCCAAGAAAUGCAAGAAGUGCAGCCAAUAUCGACAGAGGGCCACCGUACCCAUUUUCCUCCUUAGCAUACAUGAAAAAUGCAAAAAUCAAUGCUCAAAGGGAUACAAGCUUUUCUAGGGAAAGAAUAGAAAGAUAUUGUUGUGUCCCUGCAUCACAUAGUAAAAAUUUAGUUAGCAAAGGCAAAGGACAGUUUCCAGUUAGAUACAGGAGGCCUAUUGAUUACUGGCAUCGGAGACAUGUGUUUCCUGACCAAAGGAAAAAGAAAAUUCUUGAUCUCAAAGCCCAAUUGAUGCUGUUAAAAUGUAGACCCGUAUCGGUGGAUGUCCAGAGGAUGUCUACAGAGAAAAUGCAAGAAUACAUUGAUAAACUACGGGAUGAGGCAGAGAGUAAGCAGGAUAAUGAGGACAAGGAUAUAGUGUUUGUGGAUGCAGACCAGCCACCGGACAAUGAAGUGAAGAGUGGUGAUCCACUCAAGAGUGACUGUGAAGUGAUUGAUCUGUGUUCAGAUGAUGAGACACCUAGUGUGAAUGAGAACUGUGAUCCUAGGGCAGGAGUGACGUGUGUGAUGCGAGGCGGCGCGGUUCUGCGGCGUACGGCGGCCACGCCGCAGGCAUUGCCUGCGGAGCCCUGCGGCGCACGCCAGCGUCCUCUAGGAUCCCUCAUAUUGCAACCACAUCCGGUUAUCUUGAUAACUCAUACUCUGAACAAUUUACAGGCUAUAGCUUUAGAUUAGUUAUGUAUGUAUGAGUUGAACUGUAGAUAUUAUGAUACAUGCUGACAUUUAUUUAUUAUCUUCCUGAUUAAACUUUAAUGUUCA